GGUUCCUGGUUCUGGUGAUUAAUGCUUCUAGUCAUACCAGUUAAAUUACAAAAUUUCAUGUGAGCAAUAGGAUAGAGCACUUUAUGUGGGGGCCAAAUGGGGAGGUGUCAGUUCGUAGGUAGGUUUAAUGUAGUGUCUGGAGCCAACAUGAGCCACGAGAAUUCAGUAACUCUCAACCGAUGCCUGAUGUCACCACCGUGAACCGUUUGCACUACAAGACAUGGGAUGCAGAAGGGGAGUUGCAUGUCAAGAUUCAACAACGCAAUAGUGAUAGAUACACAGCUUUGGGGUUUGUAUGUUUUGGCUUUAUUUUUUAUCCUUUUCUACCGUUUUUGCCUUUGGGGGGUCCUCAAGUCAAAAGAGUUUAAUCAAGCAAGCACAAGCACAAUCCCCUCUCCCUGUCCCACAAGAAAGUGAAAUUACAAACACGUUGUCUCCUCAGAUUCCUUUUUUUUUCCCACUUGUAAUGCACAUUAUCCCAUCUCUGCUUGAUUUCCCACAUCCACUGGUGGGGACUGCCAUGUUUUUUUUUCCUUUUGUCAGGACUCUCUUUCUUUUCAGUCACACUAUAUACCCGAAGGAAAGGCCUGGAAGAGUUACAAAGAACAACACUUAAAUUAAAUUUAAGUCCUCGGCCUCUCACAUAUCCAUCACCAGGAAUAAAAAAGAAAAACAAACUAGAUACUCUCUGUCUUCCCUUUUGGUUUUAUCUUUCUCAGAUGAAUACAGUCACAGCUAGAAGCUCUAAAGAAAUGUCCUCCAAGAGGCACCACUUUCACUGGACAAACAAGGUUGGCACUGAGGAUGGUGAAGUUCCCACUUCAGAAUCAUUCUCAACACUCUUCCAAGAUGAGAAAAAAGAUGAACACAAGGUUCCUGUUGCUGCUGCUCCUGAGGCAAAUGCUCCAGCACCAGCAUCACAUACUGCAGCAAGGAAGAAGCUGCAAGCAGUGGCAGUCUCUAGAAUCCGGUCUGUGUUGACCGUGUUCAACAAGAACAAGAACAACAACCGUUCGAACUCGGCUUUGGGCCUUGGCUCGCGCGUGGUCGGAACCCUUUUCGGCUACAGACUCGGCCACGUGCAUUUUGCAUUCCAGAAGGACCCCACUUCCCAGCCAGCCUUCCUGAUAGAGCUCGCCACGCCCAUCAGUGUUUUGGUUCGCGAAAUGGCGUCUGGGCUGGUCAGAAUUGCCCUUGAAUGUGGAAAAGAGAAAGGAGCAGAGAAAAAACAACAUGUGAGGUUGCUUGAAGAGCCUGUGUGGAGGACUUACUGCAAUGGCAAGAAGUGUGGCUUUGCCACCAGAAGAGAGUGUGGCCCAAAGGAUUGGGAUAUUCUCAAAGCAGUGGAACCAAUUUCAAUGGGUGCAGGUGUCUUACCAGGAAAUAAUAAUAACAAUAAUAAUAGUGGAGCUGAAGCAGGGUCAGAGGGUGAAAUCAUGUACAUGAGGGCCAAGUUUGAGAGAAUUGUUGGGUCCAGAGACUCCGAAGCUUUCUAUAUGAUGAAUCCUGAUAGCAAUGGUGCUCCUGAACUCAGUGUCUACUUGCUUAGAGUCUAGAAACCUUGCAAGCUUGCAAGAUCUGUUUAUUAUACUUAGUUUUCCUCUUUUUUUUGGGUUAUUGGUAUACUACUUCAAUCAUGAACCAUGGUUGAUCCAGCUUCUCCAAAUUUUAUUUUAUUUUUUUUCAUGUAGACGGCGUAACUUCUUUUUUUAAAAAAAAAAGGAAAAUAGGUGAGUAGGCUAAGUAAGGAAGAGAGGGUGGGAGAUAGUGGGUAACCAAUAUUUUACAGCAUGGUGGUCGUGAGGUGGGUCAUGAAAGGUGUAUAUGUGUAAUUUUUUCCUUUCCAAUCCUUUUGAUUAAUGAUAUGAAGGACGGAGGAUAAUGCAAAUCA